GUCACGCUCGAGUAGACCAAAGUUGAGUUGGCUGUUCCCACGCAGGAUGCUCAGCCAUGGCGUGGUGUGACCGCGGGCUGCAGACCCUGCUGGCUAUCGCGGGCUCCUUCGCCGCCUUCAGCCUGAUGAGCGUCGCCAUCGGCACCGACUACUGGCUCUACUCGCGGGCCAACAUCUGCAACUCCACCAACGCCAGCGCGGACGAGCAAAGUAACGCGCAGAGCAAGAAAGUCAAAGGCGACCUGACGCACUCCGGACUGUGGAGGAUCUGCUGCAUGGAAGGUAUUAACAAAGGAAGCUGUUUUCGGAUCAAUCACUUCCCAGAGGAUAAUGACUAUGACACGGACAGUUCCGAGUACAUCUUACGUAUUGUGCGAGCGUCCAGCCUCUUCCCCAUCCUCAGCACCGUGCUGCUGAUGCUGGGUGGCCUGUGUGUUGGCGUUGGACGCAUCUACAGCAGGAAGAACAACAUUCUGCUCAGUGCCGGCAUUCUCUUUGUGGCUGCAGGCCUGAGCAACAUCAUCGGCAUCAUCGUUUACAUCUCCAGUAACGCCGGCGACCCGAGCGACAAGAAAGACGAGGACAAGAAGAACCAAUACAACUAUGGCUGGUCCUUCUACUUUGGCGCCCUCUCCUUCAUCGUGGCAGAAUCCGUGGGCGUCCUGGCGGUCAACAUAUACAUCGAGAAAAACAAAGAGACGCGCUGCCGAGCCAGGCGCGACUUCAUCAAAUCCACCGCCUCGUCUUCGCCUUACACCCGUAUCCCCAGUUGCAGCCACCGACGGAGGCGCUCGCGGUCCAGCUCGAGGUCGUCGGACCCGUCGCGCGAGCCCUCCCCGGGAAGGAAGAAGAUGGGGGGAGGGAGGGGUGGAGAGGCGGGGCUGGGGAUGGGCUUGCAGACGGGAGACAUAUCCCUGUACUCCCUGCGCAGGGACCCUCUGAAGGGAAGGGGGCGCUACAGUCCUGAGAGGGACUUUUUACAAGUCCACAACUGCUUCCAGAAAGAUGUGAAAGAUGGCGGCAACAGGAGAACCACGCCCGUUUGAGUAUUGUUGUUGGUAAGCUUGAUAUUGGACAGCAGAUGAUAAAAGUUUCCCUCCUGAAGUUGGGCAUACACUGAACUGAAUUGAAAAUGAGUUAUGUAGACACACUGUACAUUUAUGUUGUUGCUGUUCCACUUAAACCCUGUAGA